AUGCCUGCUCUUGUACUAGGUGCUCUUUCUGUGAGCUGGCUCUCCGCUGCAUGCACCCUCUUCGUCCUAGGUUUCGUCUACACGAUCCUGCUGGCGGUCUACCGCCUGACAUUCUCACCACUCUCCGCCUUUCCCGGCUCAAAGAUUGCUGCAGCAACCGGCUGGUACGAGUUCUACUAUGACGUCGUCGGCCAGGGGUCUUACUAUCGCAAGAUAGCUGAGAUGCACGAUAAAUACGGGCCGAUCAUACGCAUCAACCCUUGGGAGCUCGACGUCUCUGAUCCCGCUUUCCACCCCACCCUCUUCGUCUCCGGUUCCGUGAGGCGCUCCGAGAUAUUUGCCGGUUCGCGAGGCGGCCUCGGCAUCGAAGGCUCUCACACCGUCUCCGAGGACCAUGAUCUGCAUCGCAUUCGUAGAAAGCCCGUGGAGUAUUUCUUCUCCCAUCAAAAGGUCCAAAGUUACGAGUCCGAAAUUGCGGAUGAGGUCAGGCUUCUGGACAGCAGGUUUCGCGCGAUGAAAGGCACAGGCUCUAUCGUAAGAAUGGAGCACGUUUAUGCGGCCCUCACAGGCGAUUUAAUUCGCCAUUUUUCCGUCAUAAACCCUCCAAGCCUCAUCUCGGACCCUGAAUUUUCUCCCAACUGGUACGGCACGCUGCGCCGGUUUUUCAUCCAGGUUGUUCUAUACACACAACUCACUUUUCUUGUCGGCUGGGUUCGCUACAUACCUCGAUCCAUUCUCCUAUCUUGCACACCGAAUGCGGCGGCUUUCAAAGCAUUCACGGAUCUUGUGAUAGAUCAUAUCGAAGAGGCUCGUGUUCGUGUGAAGGACGGCAAGUUGGACAAGGACACGCGAUUCUCCACGCUGAUCGAGUGUCUCCUCACCAGUGAUAUUCCGGAAGAAGAAAAGACCACGCAGCGUUUAACUGGCGAAAUAAUAACCGCCCUCUCAGGAGGUACUAUGACGACGGCCCACACGCUUGCGACCAUCACGUAUCACGUCCUUGCCGACCCCAGUAUAGGGGAGCAGUUGCGACAAUCAUUGGCGCCGAUAAUGCGGGACUUCCCGGAGAAGAUGCCUCGAUCUGCCGACAUCGAGAACAUCCCCUACGUAGCAGGCUGUGUAAAGGAAGGCUUGCGCCUCAGCCAAUCUGUCAUGAGACGCAUGACACGCUGUUUCCCCGACGUUGAGCUCGAGUACGAACAGUGGAAAAUUCCCAAAAUGACGCCGAUCGGCAUGUCGGCAUAUAUCAUGCACAAUGAUGAAAAUGUUUACCCAGAGCCGCUGCGGUUCCGCCCUGAGCGCUGGCUUGGCGAUUAUGAUCCCCUCAUGAAGAGAAAUUUUGUGCCUUUUUCCAAAGGCUCGCGAAGUUGCCUAGGAAUGCACCUCGCAUAUGCCGAGUUGUUCUUGGCCGUUGCUGUCAUGUUCCACCCCGGAGGUCCGAAGAUGUCUUUGUACGAGACGGACGAGACAGACAUCGCUCCAGUUCACGACUAUUUUCUCGCCUUGCCAAAACUGGAUACCAAGGGCGUGAGGGUGAUGGUGAAUUAA